CGCGAGGAGAUUAAGGGCGAGAUCGUAAGACGUAAAGACCCAGCAACCUCAUCACGUCGGACCCACUAGGCGGGCGCCGGCAUCGACGACAUGCAGCGCGUAUACCUACCUGCUCUUCUACAACCAGGGCCAGCCCACCGCGCCAAAGCAUACUAUUACCAUAUCCUAGGUACAUUCUCACCCAAUGCCCUCACCUCACUUCACCCCAAGCACCAUAACCCUCCAACCUCCACAACAGCGCCACCACCACGGCUAUGUCACAGAGUGAGUAAACCGCGCCCGGCAAACGCCAGCUUCCCAGUCUCCAGCAGCCAUCAGGCAGCAGCCCAUGAGCCAAACCCAACGCCCCGCACCGCAGGGCCGCCAUCACAGUCCCAAACCGCCUAGCGGCCGGCGCGGCAACGCAGCAACGCAGCCAUACGGCAGGCUCCCGCCCGCCCGCCCGCCC